AUGUCAGUCCUAUCAUCUCUUCUUUGUCCUGGGAUUAUAUCAUUUAACGAUCAAGAAGAUGAUUUGGAAAUCUCUUCCAGUAUUCCAGCAAUAAGGUCUAGGACUGGACUGACAACAUCAGCAUCUACUCGUACAGUUGGAGCGACGCGUGAUGAAAGCAGUUCGUUUGUUGUGGCCAUCAUUGAAGGAAGAGGUGUUGCAAGUGAGGUUGGAAUGUGUUUUAUUGACGUGAAGACAAGUGAAUGCAUAUUGUCACAGAUCGCGGACUCGCAAACUUACGCAAAAACACUUCAUAAAAUAAGCGUAUAUCAACCGUAUGAAAUUGUUGUAUCAAAUACGGCAGUCGAACCGUCAAAAUCCAAAUUAGUUAAGAUAUUAGAGGAGAAUGCAAUAGCUACAUCCAUAGUUCCAAUUGGAAGAAGACUUUUUAACAAUGCUGUUGGGUUAAAUUAUAUAAAACAGUACAGCAUCGAAGAUGAAGCAAGCACUUUGAUACUCGGACUUAGCACAAAGUUUUAUUGUCUUGCUGCCACCGCCGCCGCUCUGAAAUAUAUUGAGAAUCAGCAACAUGUUUUCUUUACUAACCAAUCGCUUAGAUUCAGAUACCGCGGUUGCGAAGGAACAAUGAUGAUUGAUAGUGUAACCGCGCGAAAUUUGGAACUAAUCCAUAACAUUUCAAAAACUCAUAAUAAUUACACUCUAUAUGGCGUCUUGAACCACACGUGUACUUCAAUGGGAGCUAGGUUACUACGCAUUAACAUUUUGCAGCCACUCACAAAUGUUGACAUCAUAAAUGCUCGGUUAGACUCUGUUGAAGCUCUCAAAUUAUUUCAGGAUGUGGAUCAUCUUAUCACAGCACUCAUUAAAGUACCGCAGAAACAACCAGCUAAACAUGCUGAACAAAAUAUCAAUAAUAUAAUUAUACUCAAACAUACAAUCCAGUCAAUCACAUCACUACGCACGGCACUUGCUUCGUGUCAGAGUAUACUCUUAACGGACACAAGACAAAGACUAGAAGACGAAAGACUCGGCGCAAUCGAAAAAAGAAUUAAUUAUAUAAUUAAUGAAGACGCUACCUAUCAAAAGAGCUCGCUUGGAUUGAGAAAUCAAAGAUGUUACGCCGUAAAGGCAGGAUUUAAUGGUCUAUUGGACGUCGGUGAGAAUAAAUUAACAUCAAUUGAGAGCGAGAUAGACUACAGUAUUUAUAAAUUAUAUUCUGACAACAUUUUAGCGCGUCAAACAUACAAAGAAACAACAAAUGAUGUCUAUGAACUCGUAAAUGGUUAUACUGAGCAGCACAAUAUUCCUCUCAAAAUACAGUUUAACCCAUCAAGUGGGUUCUGCCUUUCUACUACAGUUAGCAACUUGGAGCAUAGACAAUUGCCGCUUAUAUUCAUUAAUGUUACAAAGAAAAGAAAGACAUUAACCUUUACGACGCUGGAAUUGAUGAAGAUGAAUAGCAAGAUAAAUGUUUCGUUGGCAGAAGUAUAUACGUUGUCUGACAAAGCAAUUGCCGAACUCAUAUCAGAAAUACGUAUUAACAUUAAUAUACUCUAUGAAGUUUCUGAAUCCAUUGCAAUGUUGGAUUUGAUUACUUCACUUGCUCAUCAAUGUACUGUAUCUAAUAACUAUUGUAGACCGGAAUUUACCGAGAUCUUAGCAAUCAAAUCUGGUCGCCACCCGAUCUGUGAACAUUUCUGCAUUGAUCCCUUCAUUCCUAAUGACACCUAUGCAAAUUCCACUACAAACUUUCAACUAAUUACAGGACCAAAUAUGAGUGGAAAAAGUACAUACUUGAGACAAAUCGCUUUAAUUUGCAUCAUGUCUCAGAUUGGGUCAUUUGUUCCAGCCGAAUAUGCAUCAUUCAGAAUAGUGGAUCAAUUAUUCACAUGUAUAUGUAAUGAACUUAAUAUAGAAAACAAUACGAGUACCUUUAUUCUUGAAAUGAGGGAGACUGCCUAUAUUUUACAGAAUAUUACUGAUAAAAGUCUAGUCCUUAUUGAUGAACUUGGACGAGGAACCUCAACUCAUGAUGGAUUGGGUAUAACUUAUGCUGUUUGUGAGGAACUACUGAGAAGCAAUGCCUUUAUAUUCUUUGCAACGCACUUUCAUGAGCUUACAACAAGUCUCGCUAUGUACGCAAACGUUGUGAAUUUACAUCUGGAAGUGCAGAUUGACGGAAAUAGCAACGAUGUAGCCAUGAAGUAUUUAUACAAAAUAAAAGACGGUAGCACCAAUGAAGAACAUUAUGAAAUUCUAUUUGACAUGAUUUUUGCUUCACAUAUAGGUUUGAAAUUUGGUCAGUUGGUUGGUUUACCUGAGGACGUCAUUCAAAGAGCAUCUGAAGUAUCCUACAGACUAAAAGAACUCAUAGAUGCGGGUAGAGAAAGGUCUGAAACAAAUAAAUUACUUCAAAAGAGAAAACUUUUGCUUCAAUUGGCACAACACCUUUCAAGUAUAAGGUCGUCUAGUUUGGACAAAGAAACACUGAAAGAUUAUUUAAGACGUAUGCAAGAAGAAUUUAUUGAAAAAAUGGAAAUUUUGAUAGAAUGCGAUAUAUAA